GGAGACCCGCUCAAACCCUCUCCUGACACAGACAGACCGACGGACGGACGGAGGCAUAUGCUGAAGCAAAAAGUUGUGCGCUCGCUCUCCGAUGUGAGCCGAAUUCAGAAAAAAACUAAACUUUUUGGUUGCAAGACCCGCGGAGUUCUAUUCCAAUAGCGUGGAUCAGUUGGUUUUCUUCUGUUAUGCGAGUGGAUUUUCUUUGCAAGGAAUAACGUUUUUAUUUGAAUAUAAACUAUUAUUAUUAGAUUUUUUUACCCCGUUAUAUCGAGCUGCAGUGAACUCCGGAAGAGUUGAUAAGGACGCACAGUCAGGAUGUCCCAUAUCUCCGUCAACGACCACCUGGAGGGGAUUUUAUCAGACUUCGAAGCUUUGAAAAGAUCCUUCGACGUCGAUGACGUGGACGAGCAUCCUCCCUUCUCCCCCUCCUCCACAGUUCCCUCCCCCCUCUCCUCCACCUCCCUCCUCAACAAGACCAACGAGGGUCGAGGGUUCCCCACCUCCAACCACGGCUCCCCUGCCUUCCGCUCCCGGAUCAGUCUUGGUACCAACCCCAGCCCUGCCCAGAGCCCUGUAUUCAAGUCCCGCAUGGUCUCCAGUCUCUCCUUCAACAGAGCCAUGAACAGACCCACCAUCAACAACAAUGGAGGGAGCUCCGGAGGCAUCACCAGGGCCUCUUCCUUCCAGAACAAGUUCAACCCUAAGGGUUUCUCCUCCUCUCUCUCUGGCCCAGGCAGCGAUAAUGAUAGUCUCCAUAGCUCCUCUUCUAGUCUGGAGUAUUCCAUCCAGGGAGGGGGAGGAGAAGGAGGAGGAGGGGUACCUCCAGGAAAGCCAGGGUCUCUGUCCAACUCCACUAGCCCACAGAUGGAGCAGCGUCCUGGGCAGCAGCGUGGCCUGGGCCUGGGGAUGGGGAAGAAGUUCUCUUCUCAUGGGAGUGUGUUUCACUCUGAGCUAGAGGGGCCUAUGGGGCUGGGAGCUCCAGAGUCCAGGGGAGUCAGCCACGGAUCCAUGCCCAGUCUGGACCUCCAGAUCGGGGAAGGAGGAGGCGGGGUGAUGGGGGUGCGGGGGGCUGGAGGUGGAGGGGUGAGGUAUGGCAACGCCAAUGAGGGUUUGAAUGGCGGAUCCCAGCGCCAUUAUAACACCAGUCCCUUUGGGAAGGAAGGAUGCUACUCUCCCAAUCAGAACCACAACAGCUACCAGGCCCAGCCCAAACCCAAAGAGACGCAGCGUCUCAACAAGUUUCCCCUGGAUCUAGACAGUCUGGUGGGGGUGAAGACGCCCCAGCCCAGCCCCCGUCCUCCCCCCUCGUCUGACCCCCCUAAACCUCCCCCCAGAGCACACUAUCCCAGCAGCCUCUCUGUCUCAGCUAGCCCAUCCCUCAGCAGUCUGGACAGCUCCGGUGGUGACCUCACUCCUCUUCCCGCCACCAACCACCACCUCUCCUACAACAACAUCAACCCCUCCCUCCCCCGCUCUCCCCCCCCUACCUCCCCCCCGGGGGCCAAGCCUGUCCCUAAGGUGAGCCUGUCCCCUGUCCCCCUGUCCCCCGCCCAGACCCCUCAGCUCAACCUGCUCUCCCUCAGACCUCAGGUAGGACAUCUGGCCCCCUCCACCCCCCUGCCACUGGAGCACACUCAGCCACAGGAAAUUAUGUCAGAGAGAGAAAGCGUGGGUUCCAUCCUGCAGAGGAUCGCUUCCUUCUCCCGUCCCGACGCCAUGACGACCACCAGGGUUCCAAGCGCUGCCAGUGUUCUGAGCGGGGUUGCCCUUAUCAACGGGGUGAAGAAGGAGAGCCCACCACCGAUGAUGCGUCAGGAGCGUGUUUCCUCACCUCCACCAUCACCUCUACCUGUGGCGGUGCAGAGACAGGGGCUAAAGAGAGUGCAAGACACAACUAAGGUGCUGGAGCAGGAGAUACCCGCCUCAAUGGAGGAGAGAGGGAUGGAGGAAGUAAAAUCGGCAGCAGUGGAAGACAAACCAGCAGCAGAGAAAGCGGUGGAGGAGAGAGUAGCGCAGGAGAAGACAGAGGAUAGCACAGCGCAGAAUAAAGGGACGGAGGAGAGAGAGAUGGAGAGAGAAGUAAACGUAGAGAGAGAGAUGGAGGGAGAGGUAGAGGUUGUGACCCCUUGCCCUACAGAGAGCCAUGGUCUCCAGGGAACCAUUAAAGGUCAUGACCUCUUCGGCUACGUGGGCAUCGAGGCUGUUCUGGACCAGAUGAGACGCAAGACCAUGAAGGCUGGCUUCGAGUUCAACAUCAUGGUCGUGGGUCAGAGUGGACUAGGGAAGUCUACCCUGGUCAACACUCUGUUCAAGUCUAAAGUCAGCCGCAAGUCCUGCAGCCCUAACUACGAAGAGAAGAUCUCCAAGACUGUCAAACUGCAGUCCGUCAGCCAUGUGAUAGAGGAAAAGGGAGUGAAGAUGAAGCUCACAGUGAUUGACACUCCAGGAUUCGGAGACCAGAUAAACAACGAAAACUGUUGGGAGCCUAUAGUGAGUUAUGUUAAUGAUCAGUAUGAGAGGUACCUGAAAGAAGAGCUGUACGUCAACAGGAAGCCGAGGAUCCCUGACACACGCGUCCACUGCUGUGUCUACUUCCUGCCUGCCACCGGACACUGGUUACGUCCCAUAGACGUGGAGUUCAUGAAGAGACUGGGGAAGAUAGUCAGCAUCGUACCGGUCAUCGCUAAGGCAGACACACUCACUAUGGAGGAGAGACUAGAGUUCAAACAGAGGGUAAGACAGGACCUGAAGGCCAAUGGGAUCCGAGUAUACCCUCAGACUGAGUAUGACGAAGAUCCAGAGGACAGGAUACUCAACGACAAGAUCAGGGAAAACAUUCCGUUUGCGGUGGUGGGGACAGACAAGGAACACCAGGUAAACGGGAACAAGGUCCUGGGCAGGAAAACCAAAUGGGGCAUCAUAGAGGUUGAAAACGUGGCGCAUUGUGAGUUUACCAACUUGAGAGAUCUGCUGAUUAGGUCCCACCUGCAGGACCUGAAGGACGUGACCCACAACAUCCACUAUGAGACAUUCCGCGUCAGGAGGCUGAACGAGAGUAACCUGACCGUCCACGGUCUGGCCCUGUCCUGCUUUCCAAUGGAGAACGGGACCCACGGAACCAACGGAACCAAUGGAACCUCAGACAGGAGCGAAUCAGAGAGCCACCUCUGAGGGGGACCCCAGAGUGCGUCGUACACAGCAGCAGCUCCACCUUCCUGCUCACAGCUUCCUGUUUCCUGUUUUGACUGCAAAAUGGUUGGUCGACUGUUUCCCCCAAUCGGAACACGAGAAAGAGAGCGAAAGAAAGAAAGAGGAGCUUUUUUUUUAACAAAGGAGAGAUGUUUUCGGUGACCACCACACCUUGGAUUUUGAACAUUUUAUUGAGUUUUACUAAAGACAUUAUUGAUAAGAAAUGCAUUUAAACUUCAUAUAUGAAUAUAUUUUCUCAGAAUGAGUUUAUAUUUCCUGGAAGCAGGGUCACACAGGGCUGGAAGAGCAGAGAGAGAUGGGGAGAGAAAAACUGAAAAAGAGAGGGGGAGAUUGAUGGAUGGAAAGGGGGAGAGUGAGGGAUGGAGAGAGAAAUGAAAACAGAGGGAGAGAGGGGUAGGGUGAGAGAUGGAGAGAGAGAUAAAAACAGAGAGAGAGGGGCCGAGUGAGGGAUGGAGAGAGAGGAAGAGAUAAAAAUAGAGAGGGGGAGAGAGAGGAGGUGUGUUAUGUGCUCAGACAAUGUUAUUUCUGCAAUACCGAUGUUUAUGCAGUGUCAUUGUUUACACUCAUACUACCCCUGGAAUUCAGAAAACUGGAAUCACCUGCCUGAGAGUGAUUUACAGUAUACUGUAGCUAACACAGCUACAGCCUCCUGUAUUCUACAGUACCCACGUCCAUUCUGCUACAGCCUCCUGUAUUCUACAGUACCCAGGUCCAUUCAGCUACAGCCUCCUGUAUUCUACAGUACCCACGUCCAUUCAGCUACAGCCUCCUGUAUUCUAGAGUACCCAGGUCCAUUCAGCUACAGCCUCCUGUAUUCUACAGUACCCAGGUCCAUUCAGCUACAGCCUCCUGUAUUCUACAGUACCCAGGUCCAUUCUGCUACAGCCUCCUGUAUUCUAGAGUACCCAGGUCCAUUCAGCUACAGCCUCCUGUAUUCUACAGUACCCAGGUCCAUUCAGCUACAGCCUCCUGUAUUCUAGAGUACCCAGGUCCAUUCAGCUACAGCCUCCUGUAUUCUACAGUACCCAGGUCCAUUCAGCUACAGCCUCCUGUAUUCUAGAGUACCCAGGUCCAUUCAGCUACAGCCUCCUGUAUUCUACAGUACCCAGGUCCAUUCAGCUACAGCCUCCUGUAUUCUACAGUACCCAGGUCCAUUCAGCUACAGCCUCCUGUAUUCUACAGUACCCACGUCCAUUCAGCUACAGCCUCCUGUAUUCUACAGUACCCAGGUCCAUUCAGCUACAGCCUCCUGUAUUCUACAGUACCCACGUCCAUUCAGCUACAGCCUCCUGUAUUCUACAGUACCCACGUCCAUUCAGCUACAGCCUCCUGUAUUCUACAGUACCCACGUCCAUUCAGCUACAGCCUCCUGUAUUCUACGGUACCCAGGUCCAUUCAGCUACAGCCUCCUGUAUUCUACAGUACCCAGGUCCAUUCAGCUACAGCCUCCUUUAUUCUAGAGUACCCAGGUCCAUUCAGCUACAGCCUCCUGUAUUCUAGAGUACCCAGGUCCAUUCAGCUACAGCCUCCUGUAUUCUAGAGUACCCACGUCCAUUCAACUACAGCCUCCUGUAUUCUACAGUACCCACGUCCAUUCAACUACAGCCUCCUGUAUUCUACAGUACCCAGGUCCAUUCAGCUACAGCCUCCUGUAUUCUACGGUACCCAGGUCCGUUCAGCUACAUUCUCCUGUAUUCUAGAGUACCCAGGACGAUUCAACUACAGCCUCCUGUAUUCUACAGUACCCAGGUCCAUUCAGCUACAGCCUCCUGUAUUCUACGGUACCCAGGUCCAUUCAGCUACAUUAUCCUGUAUUCUAGAGUACCCAGGUCCAUUCAGCUACAGCCUCCUGUAUUCUAGAGUACCCAGGUCCAUUCAGCUACAGCCUCCUGUAUUCUACAGUACCCAGGUCCAUUCAGCUACAGCCUUCUGUAUUCUACAGUACCCAUGUCCAUUCAGCUACAGCCUCCUGUAUUCUACAGUACCCAGGUCCAUUCUGCUACAGCCUCCUGUAUUCUAGAGUACCCACAUCCAUUCAGCUACAGCCUCCUGUAUUCUAGAGUACCCACAUCCAUUCAGCUAUAGCCUCCUGUAUUCUAGAGUACCCACGUCCAUUCAGCUACAGCCUCCUGUAUUCUACAGUACCCAGGUCCAUUCUACUACAGCCUCCUGUAUUCUACAGUACCCAGGUCCAUUCAGCUACAGCCUCCUGUAUUCUACAGUACCCAGGUCCGUUCUGCUACAGCCUCCUGUAUUCUAGAGUACCCAUGACCAUUCAGCUACAGCCUCCUGUAUUCUAGAGUACCCACAUCCAUUCAGCUACAGCCUCCUGUAUUCUACAGUACCCAGGUCCAUUCUGCUACAGCCUUCUAUAUUCUACAGUACCCAGGUCCAUUCAGCUACAGCCUUCUAUAUUCUACAGUACCCAGGUCCAUUCUGCUACAGCCUCCUGUAUUCUAGAGUACCCAUGUCCAUUCAGCUACAGCCUCCUGUAUUCUACAGUACCCACGUCCAUUCAGCUACAGCCUCCUGUAUUCUACAGUACCCAUGUCCAUUCUGGGUGUUAUUUGGCCACAGCAGAAAUGAUAUGGUCUAUAUUUGGUCUAGAUUUGUCAAACUCAUUCCACUGAGGGUCCAGUUUCUGUGUUUUUUUUUCUUUUCCAUUCAAUUAAAACCUAGACAACCAGGUGAAGGGAGAUCCUUACUAAUUAGUGACCUUCACAGGUGGUCUGUAUGCUACUGUGUGAAUACUGCAAUGUGGCUUUGUUUGAAUUCCGCCCCGUUUCUCCAUCUCUCAAAGGACGGCAGCCUUUUUAACACUGUAUGAAUACUGGCAGAGCCAUAGCCUAGCCUAUGUAUGGCUUAUGAACCUCUUUCUAUAACACAGGCAUAGGCCUGUAAUAUAUUCAGACGCUUCAUUUCAUUUAAUACGCAUGUUGACUUAAAAAAAGAAAAUAUUUUUUUUCCAGAAAAUUAUUUUUUGUUUGUAACCUUUUCCACCUGCGGUAAACGUCGAUACACACAUACAUAUCCAUACACACAUACAUAUCCAUACACACAUACAUAUCCAUACACACAUACAUAUCCAUACACACUUGUCCAUCCAUACGUACACAGUCCAAGGGCCGUUCUGUGUUGUGUAUAGAGGGAGUGCUAGAUCCCUUCUCUCUCCUUCCCGAUGGUGAGCUGUGCUGUUUGGAGAAAGGGCUCCACCUAGAGGCCAAGUGGAGGAAUGACCGGAGUCAGAGACAAGAGGAUACAAACUGUACUCUCUCACCAAAGUGUCUAGGGUUGCGAAAUUCACAGUAGCUCUCAAUGAUACUAUGUUAUGGAGAGAGACAGGAAAUGAUGCAGACAGGAUUAGAUUAGCCCAGUUUACCCUCCUCUGUUGUAUGGCUUUGGAUGUGCUUAACUGUAACUUAGAGACCCAAACUUCCUGUUUAACGUUAACAUGUAAAUGUGAUGCUAGGGGGGCCGCUUUCCGGACACAGAUUAAGCCCACUUCGUCCUAUAAACCUUCUCCAUUGAAAGUGUUUCGUAGUCCAAGACUAGGCUUAAUCUGUGUUGGGGAAACUGGUCCUAUGAUAACCAUGUAUGUGUGUGUUUGCCCAUUCAAAGCCUGUUGUGUCUUCACAGACUGACUGCCUCUUCUUCAACUACUGAUCAGCUGUCUGUUUUUAGACCAGAUCACUAGAUCAUCACCCACUGUUGUCCAUUAAAGGCUCAUCUCUCUCUCAUUUAUAUACCUAGUGUUGACCUGGUACACAGCUGCCUAUGACUGACAGGCAUCUUGUACAUACACACACACGCACACGCACACACACACACACACACACACACACACACACACACACACACACACACACACACACACACACACACACACACACACACACACACACACAGACCCACCCAUGACGUGAUAAUGUCUGUGUUGUUUAUCUCCUGCCUCUGAUGUUUUAUAUUGUUGUAGCCUAAUGUUCUGUAAGCUGCAUCCUGAUAGACCUUGUUUUACACAUUAAUAAACACCAUUGAUUUA